GACAAUUUUCCGAUUUCUGAAAAUUUCUCAUGGGUUUUCCCAAAUUUAAAGUCUUUUCGUGGUUUCAUUCUCUUUAAAUAAAAAUCUGCGUAUAAUACAUGCCCGAUAAACAUCGGCAGUUGGCUAAAAUAAGUAAAUAUUUCACGUUGUGUGUAAUAAUUGAUUUUUUAUUUUAUUUUGUUUUACCGUGGCUUAUUGGUAAAAUAGCUAACAAAACCACUUUGCGUGUGACGUCGCUCAAUUUACUCCACAAAUAGGACGUGCCAUAAUGUGAUCUGUGAAGUAGAAUAAGCUUAAUAAGUGAUGGAUGAGAGCACUAAGAAUUCCCCUUGUAAGGCUUGCGAUGAGGUGGACGGAGUGCACUUGCAAGCGGAGGUGGAGCACUUGCGGCAGCACCUCGCCGAGAGGGACACGCACAUUGUAGCCCUCGAGGGGGAGUUCAUCAAGUGCACCGCUAGAGCCAACGAGCUCGAGGAGCAGCUAGGUACUUGGAGGGAGAAGUAUGAAAGAUUGUAUGACUCACACAAAAGAGUCCAGAAGUUAAAUCAAGUUCUAGAAGACAAAUUGUUGCAAAUGGUCGAUAAAAUGAAGGGCGAAAAGAGUCAACUGACUAAAGACAUAGCUACUCUGUCGGUUCGACUUGCUGAGUCAAAACAUAACUACAGUAUGCUGCAAAAGGAAAAUGAAAGAUACAAAAAUGACAUGAAUUUAGCAAUUCAGUUACUACAAUGCAAGCCAGAUAACUUUGUGUCACAGAAAUUAGACAAUCUUCCUGUUGACACACAGGCAAGAGUGUCCCAGUACGUCAUGUCAAAAACAUCUAAACCAUGCAGCUCUGCCCAGUCUAAAUGUGGUAAUGAAAAUGACACAUUUGAUGCAAGUGAGUAUGAAUUUAAUAUUUCUGCAUCACUCAUGUCCAAAAUCCUUGAGGACAGCAUUCAGGAUACUGUGACUAAACAUUGCGAUACAUGCACAUGUUCCAAGUCACAAAGCAAGCCCUUCUGUUAUAACGAAAGUUAUUACACAGUGGCAACACAAACGUUGUUGACUGGUGAUCUUAAAAAAUCCGUUUGUAUAAAUUGCGACGCUGAGAUCAAAUCAGUUCAAUCAAAUCUCAGCAUCAAAAGCGCCUCAUCACAUGCACACAAAAUCACUACUGAUAAAACUUUGAACUGUGGUCUGACUGGCCCUAUGUACGUCAUUCCACAACCGAUUGGUGAAACUUAUGAGGAAAUUUCGGAAAUCGUGCCAGAAAUAAAAAAGAAUCACAUUGAUCAUGAUCAUGAUAAAGUAAAUACUGUUGAUAAAAUUGUGGAAACCGCUAUCCCGCAACCGACUCCUGAUUCAAAACAAAUAAAAUCAAACAACAUAAACACAGAGCCAGCAACCCAUCAUAAACUUUGUGAUCGCACAAAAACUCCAAUAUCCAGCAAGAAGAGCAGCAUUCACAGCCACUGUAAUGAUGAUUUACUCAUUAAAGAAGCACAUAACGUAAAGGACGUUAAAAAUAAAUACGAGCAUGUUGGAGACAUUUUGAAUACGAGAAAGAAUUCUCAAAGCUCAGUUAGUGCUAUUAGUAGGUCUUCCUCUGUCGCAAAGUCGACUGUGAGCACACACAAGUCUAAUACCCAAGUGGGACCCGGUCCGAGGUUCUGUCACUUGCGGAUGCAAGCUGGUUCUAAAAAUAUUUUGUUGGAUAAUGCAGAACCAGACGUACCACCGGUACUUUAUCGGCGCCAAAGUAAAUGUAAUGAAAACUCUUUAUUCAAAGAUCUCAAUGAUGAUGUAGACAAUUUUAUUAAUGUAGAGAAGAACGAUGAUGAUGAUAAAAAUAAGGUUAAAAAUGAUAAUGUGGUGGUCGAAACCACAUUGAUAGACGUUCAUGUAGACAACAACAACAAAGAAUCUAAUGCAUCUGUCAAAAGCUCGUCUAUCAAUCCUGUGUUGAUGAAUGUGUCGUCGUCACCAUUGCAACCUUUAAAAACCCAUAACUAUUCGAAUAAUAAUUCUGAAAAUAACAAUAAUACUUCCCAAAGUAUUGGAAGUCAACCAAAUACUACAGAUAUCGACAAUUUACUUAAUCAUUUAAGUGGUGCUAAUGCUCAAAAUAACAAUUAUUCGGAGAAAGAUCUGAAAACUUCCAAAAAAGAGACAUUGACACCUACUGAUAAACAAGAUAAUAUAAAGAUUUUUAAUUUCGACCGUUACGAGCAAAAUAAAAUGUCUAGUCAGUAUGGCAGAUCUUUGCGGAAAAUGGACAUAUCUCAGCUGCAUUCUAUCACUACUAGAAUAUCCAAAGAUUUCCCACCUGGUAAUAAUUUUUCUAAUUUAGAUAUUCCAUUAAAAUCUACUCUGCCGGCAGUUGUUAAUGUGUAUCCAAACUUGACCCAGACGCAUUUGAAAGUAAACGAAGGCAAAAAAGUGUUCACAAAUGAACAAAGUACUAGUUCACUUUCAAGUGAUGACAGCGCAGCGUUGUUACAAAAGCAACAGCUUCUAAGGGUCGCAGAAUGGGUUGAAAAGAACUUGGAACAGCAGAACAAUUUAAACGAUCCCUUGGAAGAUGAAGUCAGUUUUAAUAACAGAGCUGCAAGAAGGGACAGCAAAUUAAAUAGAUUGACUGAAACGUUGAACGAAAUAGCGUUGAAUAUGCCGCAUCCAGUUAGCAAGUUUGCUAAACUGUAUAGCAAAGAUAAUGGUAAUGGUAACGCAUGGGUUCACAAUAACGCUCAUUCUAAUCAAGAUAAAAUUGUGAAACAUGCUAUGGCUAAUCAGAAUCAGAAAGCUGUUAGUAAUAAUGUAGCGAAAGAAACUAUAUUUCCUGUAGAAUCAGGUGAUGCGACGGUCACUGAGGUGGGGAAAGGAGUUGCAAGCAAUUGCAACAAGAUGACUCAGGAAGAAUAUGAGUUUGGGAAACAAUUGCAAGAGAGUCUUCGUUCUAAUGGCGAUAAAGAGAUAACACCAGAAGAUUUGGCAAGAAUGGAGUAUAAUGUGAAGAAAUUUUUAUUGAGUGGGCCUCAAUGGGUCAAUCCGACGUCGGCGGGGCGGAGUCGCCGCACAAGCAGCAAAACUGAGACUGAUGUAUAGUUUGGAUGCGAAUAGGAAACCUAUUUUGUGGUGUGUGUUCUUCGUAAAUACUUAGAUAUAGUUUUGAGUAAAGCAAUAGCUUCGUUUUCCUAUUAUAAAACCCUGGCUCUAUAACUCAACGGCUAAUACGAUACUUAUUGUUUGCAUCAGUUAAUAGAAAAGCAGGUUAUUCAAGAGUAGACAAAAUUAGAUUCUGGUGAUUAUCUCGAUGACAUUAUUAUAUCAUCAAAAUUGAUGUUCCUAUGGCUUAAGUGAUUACGCAACUUGGAAAAAAAAGGUUCUUUAUUAUGCCGUAUUUUUUACUAGUCUUUAUUCAUUGUUAUUAUUUCUUUAAUUAGUUUGUUUCGUACUUCGAUUUUUGAUGCAAUAUUUUUUUCAUAUUUACAAGCCUAUGUUAUAUUUUGUCUAAUUAUUUGAAGUAAAGUUAUUUCACAAUAUAUGAACCUGUAUUUCAAGUAGGUAUGCAUAUUUAUAAUGCAAUAGACGCUCAUGUAAUUACAUUUAAAAUGUUUAGUAAUUGAUUUAUAUGCGAAACUAGAUGUAUUCAGUGUUAGAAUGAAUUCGUAAAUAUUUCAUAAUCAAAGGCUGCUCUUAGCUAGAAAUAUUAGAUUAAAAUGAAAUUGAGCAGAUAAUUAGUAUUGCAUCAACAUUGUAUAAAUGAGAGAUACAUAUUUACAUCACUACGCGAAUUGCUGUACCGUAAGUUUAAUAAAUGUAUUUUCAGUCGUAUUUUAAUGUCUAUGUGGAAAUUAUUUCCCCUAAAGUUAAUUCCAAUUAAAAUAGGAUAGAUAGAUGCUUAUAUCAUGUGAUAAAAUUGUUAAGACACUCAUUUCAUGUACAAAUAAUAUACACUGUUUGCUGUCUGUAUAUCCAAAACUUUAUAAAUCUGCAAUUGAAUCUUGAUAUUGGUGAAAUGUUUAUUUCACCAACUAUUAUAGGGUUACUGAAACUAAGUUCAUUUUAUAUUUUACUUAUUUUUAUGUUUGUAAUGUGAUAAUUUUAAUUUCCUUUUAUAUUUCUUAACCCUGUAAUAGUGUCUGUAUAACUUCAUAUUAUUAUAAAUGUAACGAAAGACCAUAGAGUCCAAAUAAAUGCCGUCGAAUAUUCGAUUAUAGGUACAUAUGAAAAAUAUAUAAAUUAUAUCUACUACAUAACUUCAUUAACUAAAUGUAUCGGGCCUCUGCUUACACUUGUACAACACUAUACAAACAAAGUUACAACACAUUUGUGUCUCCUGUGCAUAUUUUCCUAAUCGUAUAACUGGAUGAAUAUAUUUUUGAAGUAUUCGUUACUGUAUAAUGUAGGUAGGCUAAAUUAAAUCAGGUGGAAAGUAUCAGAUUCUGCAGAACUUAUCAGUAUUAAUUUUGCCAUAGGUGAACGUAAACUUAGGCUGAUAUAAUGCUGCAAUGCUUGCUAUUGAUUCCGUAAAGUUGCUCUGUAUGACCAUAUCUGUGUUAUAAGAUAACUUGUAGUUAUGGGGUAAUUAAGAAGUAUAGAUGCAGAAUUUGAUAUUCCUGACCUAAAGUUAGUUUGUAGCUUCAGAGCCCGCCAAUAUUGUGUGUUGUAUCGAUAUUAGGCUAGAAUAUUGCACAAGUUAGCGUUUUAGAUGUUAGUGAUUGUCUACAUUACGUCAACAUAAGACAUUCCAAACACAUUCUUUUGUUGUUUCAUUUGGGUAUCCAUCGAUUUGUUUGAUAAAUAAAAUAGUUUCAAUUCUUUUCAUUAUUGGAUCGUUUUCUUACUGGAUUAAUUUUAAGUAAAUACGUUAUUUAUCUGUGAUUAUUGUGUUUUAAAUGGCAUCUGACUUAUGUUGCAUUUACGGGAGAAUAUUUUUGACUGAUUUUAUUGAAUUAUUCCAAAAUUAAAUUAGAGAUGAUGCGAAAGAACUGUCAGAUCUAAAAACGCAAUGAGAGGUGUUUUUUACCAUUUAUAAAAUAUAAAAUAAAAUUUGUAGUAGUGCGUGAAUUUAAUUUCAUAUUUUAAAUAUUUAAUAUACAUAUUCGAAACGUUAUUUCAUUUUUAUACUCUAUUUAUACGUGCACAAAAAAGCUAUUUUCGGUUAUAUUCUAAGUGCACAAAUGGCGUUAUGUCAUGCUACGGUAUAAUGUUUCUACCUGAGAGCAAUUUUAUUAUAUUUAAAUAAUCAACGUUUGACGCUAUCGCUACCAAUAUACCGAUUUUAAACUGAAUUGUCACUCAAAUUAAUGUAUUAAAUUUUGUUUAAUAGGCUAUCCAGCAAAAUAAGAAAUACCUACAUACUGUACUUACAUAAUGAAGAGACAGAAACGGAUUAAUAAUAUUGUAAAAGAAAAUCUAAACUUGUUUUUUGUAAUUCUUGUGUAAUAUAAUUUUCUCGUGCACUUAUCUUUGUAAGUCUGUAGGGCGUUUUACUGUCUGAUGCCUACGUUCGUUUUCUGAAAUGUUAUCUUGGUCAAAACUUCUCCACUCGACUCUUGUAUCAAAUUCCUCUUCAGAUUGCAAGUGUCAUUUUAGAUAGGUAUAUCAUUGCUGAAUGCCGUCCAAUGUCAUCUUUGUACUUUCAGAUAACUGAAAAGUAAAGUUGAAUUUCAGAUUAGCAAAAAGAAACAAUGAUUUUUGAAAUUGCGAUAACUAAUUGUCACGAAACGAACGUUUGCGCCCAUUUUUAUAUACUUUUUGCAUUGGUCUCAGUUGGGAAUUUAUAGCGCAUAAGUUUAUAGUUAC